UUUUCUAAAACUUCCGACAUUUUGACAUUUGUCCCGGUUGCUUGCCUAUUGUAUUUUCGAUUCGUGAAAAUAUAAUAAUCUUUUCCAAUCAUGGAUGAAGAAUACGAUGCAAUUGUGCUCGGCACAGGACUUAAAGAAUGUAUAAUUAGUGGAAUGCUUUCUGUGUCGGGAAAGAAGGUUCUACACAUUGAUCGUAACAAGUAUUACGGAGGAGAGUCUGCGUCAAUUACCCCGUUAGAAGAAUUAUUCUCUAAGUUCAAUGCUCCGCCUCCGGAUGAGACAUACGGCAGAGGUCGCGAUUGGAAUGUGGACUUGAUUCCCAAAUUUUUGAUGGCCAAUGGCUUGCUUGUCAAACUUCUCAUCCAUACGGGCGUCACCCGGUAUCUGGAAUUCAAGUCUAUUGAAGGCAGUUACGUGUACAAGGGUGGAAAGAUCUCCAAGGUGCCAGUUGACCAAAAAGAAGCACUCGCAUCGGAUCUUAUGGGUAUGUUUGAGAAGAGGCGUUUCCGCAACUUCUUGAUCUACGUUCAAGACUUCCAAGAAGAUGAUCCCAAGACAUGGAAGGAUUUCGACCCCACAACUGCUAAUAUGCAAGCUCUUUAUGACAAAUUUGGUCUCGACCGAAACACUCAAGAUUUUACUGGACAUGCUUUGGCCCUUUAUUUGGAUGACAACUAUCUACAGCAACCAGCUAGUCAAACCAUCCGCCGUAUCAAACUGUACUCCGAUUCACUUGCACGGUAUGGUAAGUCCCCUUACUUGUACCCCAUGUAUGGUCUAGGUGAGUUGCCACAAGGGUUUGCUCGUCUCUCUGCUAUUUAUGGAGGCACUUACAUGUUGGACAAACCUAUCGACGAGAUUGUGAUCGGAGAGGGAGGAAGGGUUGUCGGCGUCCGCUCCGGUAAUGAAGUAGCCAAGUGUAAGCAGGUCUACUGUGAUCCCAGUUAUGUCCCAGACAGAGUCCGUAAGAAGGGUCAGGUGAUCCGAUGCAUUUGCUUGUUGGAUCAUCCUAUCAACAACACUAAGGAUGCUCUGUCAACUCAGAUCAUUAUUCCACAAAAGCAAGUGGGCAGGAAUUCUGACAUCUAUGUCUCUGUGGUGUCUUACACACACCAGGUUGCUGCCAAAGGUUGGUUUGUUGCUAUGGUGUCUACAACAGUGGAGACCAAUGAUCCUGAGUCUGAGAUCAAACCUGGCAUUGACCUAUUGGGUUCCAUUAGACAGAAGUUUGUGUCAGUUACAGACUACUAUGAACCAACUGAUGAUGGAAGCCAGAGCCAAAUCUUCAUAUCCGAGUCUUAUGAUGCUACCACUCACUUUGAGACCACUUGCUUAGAUGUUCUUAAGAUCUAUAAGAGGGGAACUGGUGAAGAUUUUGAUUUCUCCAAAGUUAAGGUGGAAUUGGGAGAGGAAGAUCAAUAAGUUUUCCUAUAUUAUAUCUAUGUAUAUUAUUGCUUGUUAUUUUGAAAUUUGUUACUAAACUGGCUCUAUAUUGUUCCAUAGGGAUUUUGGGUAUGUCUAUAAGAGAUAUGUGUAUUUAGAUGCGCAUUAUACUUCUCAGUGCUCCAGUCGAUGAUUUUAUUAUUUCUUAUAAAUAAUUGCAUAAUACAUAUAAGAUUUGUUAUUUAUAGGAAUUAUCCUUUUUUUAAAGAUGCUUUUAUAUAAUUUAAGAUACAAGGCUAAAGAUAAUCUGCACAAGCAGUUGUUUCUGUGCAAAUAUUUGCAUUCCAUUAUUGGUACAUUGUAACUUGUAUCCAUAUCAUACUUUUUAUGUCAACUAAUGAAUGCUCACUGUACAUCUUAAUGUUCUGUGUAUGAUCAUGAAUAAAAUUACAUUAUUAUGUA